AAAAGCCUGGACACACAUGGGAUGCAUACCACGUCAGAAUUUUAUACACAGCAGCAACUUACAAAACAGCUCGCCUAAAACUUCCUCAAGCAGAAAUGCACACAGACUUGCAAACUGCAGAGGAGGAAGAGGAGCAUGAAACUCCCAAGAAAAAACGGAAAAGGCUACCAAGCAGUCGCUUUGAGAGUGGGAGUGAUGAUGAAGGUACGGUGAAACAAGCCAAGACAUUGCCUCCAGCCCCAAAAAUAAAAGGCCCAAAUUUUGACAUACAAUCUUCAAUAAAGAGACCGCUCAGAAAGCCUGAAUCACACACAAAAAUGACAAGCCCAGAACCCAGAAUGUCUGUGAGAAGCCCUGAGCCCAGCUGCAGCCUGGCGAGUCCUGAGGUUGAGGAGUCUGAAACAAGCAUUGAGUGCAUACACUCAAAAAGUCCUGAACCCAGUUUCGUGAGAAGUUCUGAACCACAACAAGAAAACGAAGGUCAAAGACCAGUAACAUCUACCUUAAGUGGUCUUGUUACCCUUUUGCAUCGAGUUAUUACGAAUCAAGAAAUGAUGAUGGAUCAUCUCAAAUUUAUUCUAAUGACUAUGCAGAAAACAGGCGAACCUGCUCGUGGGCAGGAUCCCUUUGAGAGAGAAAUGCUGCCACUACAAGACACUACCUCCCUGCUUGCCCUGGAGAAACGAUUGCGAGAAGAAUGA